GAGUCCACAGAUUUGUUCAUACCACUUCAUCUGAAAUCACAGCCCGAGCUUUGUCGAAGAUCGGAACAAGUCAAAAUUCCAUCAAAACCUGGAAAUCCCAUCACGAUGCUCAAUACCCUCACCGCUGGUCUCCUCGUGCUUGGAGCACGAAUUGCUUCAGCAAUAGACUUCUCCGACUGGGAUCCUCAGCCUGGUCUACCCUCAGAGUUCAGGCCUUUUCUUGAGGCCCUCGUCAACGCAGCCGAACGACGAGAUGUAACCACAGGCUACACAGACUACUUCCCUCCCGAUGGCAUGCAAACCACUCUCACGAUUCACUGCGUCGGCGCGGCCAGGAUCCAAGCCUGUAAAGAAGCAUUUCUGGUCAAUGGGAGGGAGAUUGUGCACUUCCCCAACACCACCUUCGUCGCCGAAAACAACAAUACUGCCACAGUUUAUGAAUCGCAUGGAAGAAUCGAAAUGACGUAUCCGGAGCCUGCGGGGAAUUGUUCGCAGCAGUACUACAAAACCCAAUACACGAUCCUGAAAACCGAGCAAACUGUUGAAGCGCUGCCGAAUUUGAGUCUGAAGCCUGAAGCGCAGGUUUAUUGGUAUCAUGAUGUUUAUGUUUGGCCUGCGACGCUGGCGACGGAUAUUCCUUGUGAUAGUAGGAAGUAGGGGAAAACGAGCGAGUGAGACAGCUGGGAGCAGGGGAUGGGGGAGGGGAACGAUGAGUGAUCCUAAUUUGAGGUACGAAGCGGGAAUAUAUUCUUGACUACGCUGUCGAAUAGAAGAGGCU